UUUGACAUCUGGUCCGGCGAGGAAAAUCAACCGGUCCGGUAUUUUGUUGUGUGGUGUUUAUUUUGAGCUCAGUUAGAACAGUUUUUCCCGUUUUUGCACGCACAUCCCGCCAGGUUUCCACUUCUAAAAGGCGCAAACGACGGAAACCAGACGGAAAAUCUAUUUCCCCCGCGUAUCGCGUACCACAUCAACCAAUCAACUUCUUUUUAUGCAAUCGGUGUAAUGCAACAAGUUUGCUGCUGAAAUCAAAGACACAACGUUCGUCACAAAAUCAACAGCAGUAUCGCACCGAAAAGGAUUCAUAGCCAUGACGUGUUUUGGCUAAAUAAUUAUCUAACAGGUGAAAACGCAACGGGAGAGGAACAAAAAAACCGUUUCCGUUACCUAAAAGGAUCGUAUCCUGGGCGGACAGAUCAGCAAUCGAUCGAUUCCAAUCAUCGUACCCGCGCCGUUCUAUGUCCGUGCCUCGGUAGCAGCAACACCGUGGGGACGAUGUCGUUGCUGGUGUUUCUGAUUGCGGCCGCCCAUUGCGUGUACACACCGUUCACGAAGGUUGAGGAAAGCUUCAACCUGCAGGCAAUCCACGAUCUACUCUACCACCGGACGAAUCUUACCGAGUACGACCAUCAUGAGUUUCCGGGCGUGGUGCCACGCACCUUUUUGGCACCGUUGUUCAUCACGUUCCUGGUAACGCCAAUCGCAACGCUACUCGAAAUGUUCGAGAUCAACAAGUUUUGGAUGCAGUAUGCAGUUCGAUUCACUCUCGCCGCCACGGUCGUGUUUGCUUGGAACCGGUUAAAGGUGACGAUUCUGCACAAGUUUGGCGUUACGGUCGGUGUUUGGUUCAUGCUGAUCACCGCCACCCAGUUCCAUUUUAUGUUCUACAUGAGCCGGCCCCUACCUAACAUAAUGGCCCUGCCGCUCGUACUGCUUGCAAUCGACUUUUGGCUAAACCGGUGCGUUAAACGCUUCAUCUGCUGUUCCGGUGCUGCGAUCAUAAUUUUUCGCGCCGAACUAGCGAUGCUGCUCGGGCUGUACCUGCUGUACGACAUCUACUACAAGCGGAUCUCAUUGCCAGUGUUCCUGCGGACUGCUAUACCGGCCGGUGUGUUUCUAAUCGCGCUUACCAUCACUGUCGACAGUUUCUUCUGGCGUCGGUUACUGUGGCCUGAAGCAGAAGUGUUUUGGUUUAACACCAUCCAAAACAAGAGCUCCGAAUGGGGCACAUCGCCCUUCCUGUGGUACGUGUAUUCUGCGCUGCCCCGUGCGAUGGGUCUUUCGAUCGUGUUUGUACCGUUGGGUUUGUACCUGGAGACACGCAUCCGGUCGCUGGUGGUGCCUGCAGUUGUGUUUGUGCUUCUGUUCUCCUGCCUGCCGCACAAGGAGCUUAGGUUUAUCAUCUACGUGUUUCCACUGUUUAAUGUGGCUGCCGCGUGUGCGUGCAAUCGACUGUGGCUUAAUCGACAGAAAAGUCUGUGGAACAAGUUCCUCUCGUUUGUAUGCAUCGGACAUCUGUUCGGGAACACACUGCUUACGAUGUUUCUGCUACUAGUGGCCGGUACUAACUAUCCCGGCGGUGUAGCCAUCUCUAGAUUCCAUCGCCUAGCAGCCGGAGAAAUGAACGUAUCCGUCCACAUCGACAACCUCUCCGCCCAAAGUGGCGUUUCGAAGUUCGCUCAAAUUAAUCCCGACUGGACUUACAGCAAGCUGGAGAACCUGCGACCGGACGACGAAAUGUUGCACCGGUUUGACUAUCUGCUAACGGAGGCACAGGACAAAUAUUCCGACAAGAUGCGCAUCCUGUCGCAGACGCACGAAAUCGUCGAGUUUGUCGAGUGUUUUAGCAGCAUCGGGCUGCAGUACCGGUCGGUGCUGCCGGUGAAAAUUAAAACCAAACCAUGCAUCUUUAUUAUGCGCCGCCGGUACGAUCUCGCGAGCGAUCGGUUGCGGUGGUCGUCGGUGUUGGAAGGUGGCUUAGAUGGUACAUUGAACGACGAAUCUACCGUGCCUCGUUCCGCACAGGAUGAGGAAGAAGAGAAUGAGGAGGAGGAAGCGGACGAAGAGGAAGAGGAGGUAGAAGAGGAGCAUGUUAAAACUAUCGACGAAGAGCAUACAGUGCCAGACGAUGAUGAAGCUAAGGAUGAUAUUGUUGAACCGGUGGACGAAGAAAAGCGUCCGGAAAGAAGGAAACGAAGCCUCUUUAAAAACGCAGCAUAUCGGACGAAUACCAAACGAUCUGGCCUUUUACCGCUACCGAAGCUUCGGCCUAUUAAUGGAAAGGACGUAACCGACCGCUCGGACAACAGCAAUCAACCGAGCGCAGCAAAUGACGAUGCAGAGGAUGAAGCGGACGAUUUGACGCUAAAGUCAGCGGAACGUAUCAAACAUUCUGCUGCCCAUCCGCAGCCGAGUACAGGAAACGGCCGGUUGAAGGACGCGCGUAAGCUCAUAAAGGAGGAAAGGAUGCGCAGGGUGGCGAGCAAGCUAACGAAGGCAAGCUUCAGCGAGGUGUGCAAUCUCGAUCGGAUGUCGAUGAAGGAGUGUCUCAAGAAGCUGAUCGACGACAGUGGCACACUAGCAGACGAACUGGACGACGAGGAGGAUUAGUGCGUGCAAACGCGAAAGUGAAAGCCACACCGGGAGAAAGAAGCAAUACGCGGCCCAGUAGUUUGCACACCUUGUGGGGUGAAUGCACGGAGGUUUCGAACGAAGAAAAAUCAAUGAAACAAACUCUAUAUUUUAUUUUGUUUUAGCAAAUAUUAAAUACGGUUUUGAACCAGGGUUACUAGUUCGGUUGGACUAUAGCUGCUGGGGUUUGGUUGACCAGAGAUACGAUUUGUGUAUUUUGUAUAUAAACUAUAUAGAAAUACAAGCCAGCCGUGUGUUGUGCCGUCGCGGAGCAAAACCGGAACCCGCAUCAAUCAAACACCGCCCCACCGUCUCCAUUCACUACAACCAAAGCUAGCAAAAUGGCAUC